AUGGAUUUUCCAGAAAAUUGCGGUUUUAUUGAAUUGUGUCGACUAUGCUUAAGCCAACCGGGGUCGUGCAGCAUACUUGAAACAACCCAUUUACUACGAGACAUUUUUGUUUGUACCGGAGUUGAAGUGUCUGUUACAGAUACUCUUCCAACGAAAAUUUGUAACCACUGCAACGAAAUUAUACAAAAAUCAAUUGCUUUUCGAACACUGGUAACAGAGAAUAAUUUAUACCUGAAAUCUUUAUGUCCUCAUGAUAUCCGAGAAGAAGAGUUGAACGAAGAUUUGGUUACCAGUACAAUUACAAGUGAAGAAAAUAAAAGCUCGUAUUUAAAUCAAGAAGUGGAAAUUAAACAAUUACAAAUAUCUGAUAAAAUUGGUCAGAAUGACAAUAAAUCAUCUGCAGCAGAUAACUGCACACACACACCUAUGCAGUUACAAACAUUAUCAAUAAGAAAAGACUUAUUUCCAACUUCUACACAGAAUGUGCCCAAUGAAGAAAACAUUCCUCAAAGUAGUGUUAAAAGAAGAAAAAUAAAAACUGAACCAAUAGAAGUUGUUGAAUACAGAUGUGGUCCAUGCUCUAAGAACUUCGAGACUUGGAAGAAGCUGUAUUUACACUCGCGUCUACACACCAAGAACAUUGCGUGUACUGUAGAGGCUUGUGGUAAGAUGUUCGCGACAAGAGGUGACCUUGAGAAGCAUGUAAGGACCCACACGGGGGAGAAACCCUACCAAUGCAACCUCUGCCAAAGGAAAUUCACGCAAAAAUGCUCAUUGAAGAGUCACAUGGAGACUGUACAUAGUGAGGAGGAA